AUGUCUCUAAAGUCAGCAAAUGAGAUAUGGGAUUAUCUCAGGGCUGAGUACGAGGGAAAUGAAAAAAUUUGCGGGAUACAAGUCUUGAAUCUUGUACGUGAAUUUGAGCUGCAAAAGAUGAAGGAGACCGAGACAAUCAAGGAGUAUUCUGACAGGCUCGUUAGAAUAGCCAAUAAAAUCAGACUGCUAGGUUCGUCUCUAGCAUAUUCAAUGAUUGUGCAGAAAAUCCUUGUAACAAUAACUGAGAGGUUUGAGGGCACCAUCACCACUUUAGAGAACACGAAAAACAUGUCAAAUAUUAUUUUGGUGGAACUCUUAAGUGCUUUGCAAGCACAAGAGCAGAGGCAUGUAAUGAGAGAAGAAUGGGCCAUUGAAGGUGCUCUACCGGUUAAGCAUCAAGAUGAUGAAAAGAACCGGAGGCCAAAGAACAAAAAGUUUCACGCUGCAAGUGGAGAAAACUCUACAUUUGGGAACAAAAACAAUUCUUAG